UUAUAAAUCUUGGCACGUGUUUAUUUAUCCGAAAAUCCAGAAAAUUUAAAUCUCAGAUCUUCAAAUCUUUUGGAUAUCGAUAGUCACCUGUUGCCGCACUCGAUAGUUUUAAUGACUGAUUUUGGUUUGUUUUGCUUGGUUUCGCCAGGCAGCGAGCGCUUUCCGAGCGAGAGAUCAGUUGGACUUACGCGAUCGCAACGAACGACGAGCGCUCCGUGGGUAAAUGUAAAUGUUUGCCUAACACUCGGAAUUGCCACCACGCACGGAACCGUUGCGCCGCUCCCCUUUUCCCCCGUAUCGUUCCGCCAGGCCACGCAACCACACUGAUCCGCGACUAAUCGAGUGUCCGCCGGCCCCAGUCUUUGUCAACCACUGUAUGGAAGCAGAGGAUAUCCGGAAACCAGCUGCCGGCCACCACGUAAUCAAUCAUUUUGUGGAAUAAUAGCAGUUCGGCGCCAACCAAGCAAACCCCCCGAGCAAAAUGCACAAAGCCAUUAAAAACAAAUCCAGGCUGCUCUUCGGUCUCAAGAACUCCAGAGCGGAUCUGACCACGGCCAAGUUUAUACUAUAUUAUGGACCCAGUGUAGCUGAUAGUGAUAUCUACGAUUUAACGGACUUCGAGAACCUAUUGGAGGAUGAGCACUUGGACUUGUGCAAGAACACGGUGCUCUAUUUGCAUGGCUACCUGGAAGACCCGGAUGUCGAGAGCAUACAUGUCAUUGCCGAGGCCUAUUUGGAGCGCAAGGAUACCAACCUGAUUGUCCUGGAUUGGGGAGAACUGGCAGAUGGCAACUAUAUGUUCGAUGCCUUUCCGAAUGUGAAGCAAUUGGGUCCAGAAUUGGCCAAAGUGCUACUCCAAAUGUUUGAUCAUGGCCUAGAUAUUUGCAAAUUUCACGUUGUCGGCCACUCAAUGGGCGGUCAGCUGGCCGGAAUCCUUGGGCGCGAGAUAAUCAAACGCUCAAAGGGUGCUAGAAAAUUGCAAAGAAUUUCCGCUUUAGAUCCCGCCUUUCCGCUUUACUACCCAGGCACACAUCUGUCCAGCAGGGAUGCCGAGUUCGUGGACGUCAUACACACCGAUGCCUGGAUGUAUGGUGCGCCGACAAGCACGGGAACGGCGGAUUUCUGGCCCAAUGGAGGCAACAGCCUGCAACCUGGAUGCCCCAAGCGCAACUACAAAAUGCUCAGUGACAACGAUCUGUCCAGCCAUCGGCGCAGUUGGUGGUUUUGGGCCGAGAGUGUUUCGGAUCGCUAUCCCAUCCGAUUUGAUGCGGUGGCGGCUAAGAACUGGUCGGAAUUUAAGCAAAAGAAAACGGCUGAGACGUCCCGGCUGGUGGUGAUGGGACAUCACUGCCCCACGUCGAUAUAUGGCGACUUUUACUUACAAACCAACGGACAAACGCCUUUUGCUCGAGGAAAAGAGGGUACAGUGUACGUCGAUCCAAAGGAGCUGCUCGGAAAUACAUCCAGCCUCUCCUGUAUCUGCCAACCGCAGCAUUAAGUAGUAUAUUUUUAAUGUACACAAUAAAAGUACAUUUGAAAUUGAUCAAAUUGUGUACAUUUGAAAUGUAUUAUUCAGAUAACUGGGCUUUUAAUACGCUUUGCAUCACAUUUUGCUUUACGAAAAAUAUACACUUAAAGUUUGUUUAUUGUUGAA